UUAAUUUCCAAAGCGUUUUAUAUAAAUAUACUGUAUUUUUACAUUAGGAACACACAGAAACACAAUGAGAUUUUAUCAGUAAACAUUAUCUUGUUUUCUUUCAUUUACAUUUACUAGAGGGAGGAGGGGGAGAAAAACCACGAAGGGUAUCAAGUUCAUUAAUUAAAGAUCAUCAAUCUACGCCGUGCUUCCUUACAGACUAGUAAUCGUACAACGCACCGAUCCCCCACAGACUAACCCAUUACUGCCAACUUGAAUAGCUACUGACUCCUAUCUAUAUUUAGAAUUUUAAAAUGAAUUCUACAGCUCGUGUCCUCGAUCUGUCUAAAACUGUGGGCACGAGGUCAUGCGACUUAUAACCGUGACAUUUUGAAUCGUAACAAUCACAACAAUAGAUUAGAAAUUUUUUUUAUUUUUGAAAACUUUUGUAUUGUUCAAAUUCUGAAAUGUCGAUUGAAGUUGAAAACGGGAAUAAAUAUCUUUCGGAUGCUGUUAUCCAGAUGUCUUCCACUAAAAGAGAUGAACUGGAAAAGAUGCUCGAACGCUGUCAAGCUCUAGAUGAUAGCGAAAAUAAAUGUAAUAAUUCUGGAAACAUAUUAUCUACGAGACCGAAAACAGCGAGGGAAUAUGACCAACAUUUAAAUAAUCUAAGAAAAGAAAAUUUUAAUUUGAAGCUUCGUUUAUUUCUUUUAGAAGAAAAGAAUGCUCAAUGUAAAGAUGGCCAUAAUAUGUACUGGCCAGAACAUAGUUUAACUGAUUCAAAAUCAAGCGUAAAGGAUGAAUCUAUAGAAUCUUUACAAAGAAAGCUUUACGAAAAAGAAAAUCAGCACAAGGAACUAGAAAAUAAAUUAGAUUUUCUUUACAGAAGAGCUGCGAAUAAAGAUUCAGAUGAAAUUGAAAUAGAAGCAAUAGAUAAUUCAGAAAUCUCUGAAGGAUCUGAACGAACACUGACGAUGAAACAAUUAAUACAGAAGGUCAAAAUGAUUCAAAGCCAAUAUGACAAAUUAGAGGAAAAAUACAAUAAGUUGGUAUUAAUCAAUAAUCAUCCUGAAGAUAAGUUAAAGCGUUGUCUGACCACAACUAAAUUUCCAAUAGUUAAAUUGUCUGAAGAAAAUCUAGAUGAAAGCAAAGUCACGGAUUGCAAAUUCGACCAACUUCAACGUCAACUAUCUAUAUCGGAAGAUAAUGUAAAUCGCCUGCUUAAAAUCCUAGAAACAAAGGAUAAGUUAUUAGAAUUCCUCUUAAGGAGAUGUCGAGAAUCAGAAACCAGCCAAAAUGGCAUCGUAGCAAAUUCAUAUUUUAGAGAAGAAAAAAUAAAUUUUUUAAAAAAUUCCUUACUGAACUCCGAGACGAAAUUAAUCAAUAUGAAAAAGAUAACGGAUGAUGUAAAAAAUAAAGGUGAUAAACAGCAACGAUCGGAAUUCAGACCAUCAAAAUCCACACCUAUUCAGAUAAAGGGAUUAUUCGAAAAUGUUUCUAGACCCAAAAAAAUUUCGGUGGAAAGAUAUCAAAAAGCUUUAAAUAAUCACAUCCAUUCGAAAUUUAAGAACGGGGAGGAUCUAAAUUUAUCAAAAAAUCCCUCAAAUGCAAGAUUACAAGAAGAUUCUGUUGGAGAUUGUGGAGAUAUCUGCCACAAUCAAGUUGAUGGUUCUUUGUGUAAAGAAUCACUUUCUUCAUCCGAGGAAAGUAACUCGACGAAAACAUUAUUUAAAUCUCCAGAUUUAAGUAAUAAUAAUAAUAAUAAUAAUAAUUCGAAGUGUUCAGAAGUAAAGAAUGGUUCCAUUUUAUUUCACAAGACUAAAUUAAGUUUUCCAGUCAGUGUACAGUUAGUGAUCGACAUGGGAUAAAAUGCAAAAAAUUUUCGAUAUUUUCAAAAAACUGAAAUUAAUUCGAUUGAAGACUUGGAAACAAAAUUUGCUGAAAAAAUCGACUUCAAUUAAUUUUCUGUAAUUGUAAAUAAAUAAAAAUAACUCAAACAUUAAAUAAAAACUACGAAAAUUUGAAAUAAAAUAAUAAA